AUGGAUGAAUUGCAUAAAGCCCUAAAGGAUCAUAGUUUAACCGUUUCCACCGUUCAUGGAAAGGGUCGUUCUCUUGUCACUACUAGGGAUUUCUACCCAGGGGAGGUGAUUCUUAGUCAAGAGCCUUAUGUUUGUGUUUCAACUCACAAGAGGUGUGAUGCUUGUUUCAGAACAACUAACCUUAGCAAGUGUUCCCGUUGUCAAGUUGUUUGGUAUUGUGGAACACCAUGUCAGAAGUCGGAGUGGAGGUUGCAUCGUCUUGAAUGUGAAGCUCUGUCAAGGCUAGACGACCGCAAGAGAAAAUCUGUUACACCGUCGAUACGGUUGAUGCUCAAACUUUAUCUUCGAAGGAAGUUGCAAGAUGAGAAGAUCAUUCCAAGCACUGCUAUGGAUAACUACAAGUUAGUGGAGGCAUUAGUGGCUCACAUGUCUGACAUUACAGAGGAGCAGCUGGUGUUGUAUGCACAGAUGGCUAAUCUUGUACACUUGAUACUACAAUGGCCUGAAAAUAUUAAACAGAUUGCAGAAAUUUUUUCCAAGUUUGCGUGUAAUGCACAUACCAUUUGUGACAGUGAGUUGAGACCUUUGGGAACUGGACUGUAUCCUGUUGUUUCCAUUAUCAAUCACAGCUGCUUGCCAAAUUCAGUUUUGGUUUUUGAGGGAAGAAUAGCAUCAGUACGUGCUUUGCAGCACUUACCCAAAGGGACUGAGGUAUUGAUAAGUUAUAUAGAGACAGCGGGAAGCACCGUGACUCGGCAGAAGGCUCUCAAGGAGCAGUAUCUAUUCACUUGUGUUUGUCCUCUCUGCUCUAAAGUGGGUCGGUACGAUGAUGUUCGAAAAAAUGCAAUUCUAGAAGGAUACAGAUGCAAAAAUGAAACAUGUGAUGGUUUCUUGCUCCGUACAACUGAUGGAAAAGCAUUCCAAUGCCAAGAAUGUGGGUUAAUUAGGGACAAGGAAGAAAUAAAGAAAAUUGCAACUGAAAUAAAAUUGCUAUCAGAAGAAGCUUCUAAGCCUUCUUCUAGUGCCAAUUAUCAAGAAACUAUAUCUAUACAUAAAAUGAUUGAGAAACUGCAAACAAAAUUAUAUCAUCCUUUCUCAAUCAAUUUGAUGCAAACACGAGAGACAAUUUUGAAGUCAUUAAUGAAGCUGGAACAUUGGAGAGAAGCUUUAGCAUAUUGCAAACUGACCAUACCAAUCUAUCAAAGAGUAUAUCCAGCUGUUCACCCUCUUCUUGGCUUGCAAUAUUAUACUUGUGGAAAACUUGAAUGGUAUCUUGAAGAUACAGAGGAAGCUGUUAUAUCAUUGACCAAGGCUGUGGAUAUACUAAGGAUUACUCAUGGUACAAAUACUCCAUUUGUUAAGGAACUUUUGAUGAUGUUGGAGGAAGCCCGUGCAGAAUUAACUUACAAAUCGUCUUCCAAAUAG